GGACGUCAUGACGUCACCAGAAGACGGCGCGUGCGUCUGCUGUUGCUGUUGUGAGACAGACCUGAACUUCCACAGCAUCACAUGACCUUGAUUGACAUCUGCAGUGAAGCUCCGCCUACAGUGUUUCAGACUCAGAAGAACAGGAAUAAUCCUGUUACACACACACACACACACACACACACACACACACCUGAAGAGAUGGACUUUGUGCGAGUGGUGAUUGGAGACGUGAGCGAUCCACAACCAUUCAGAAUAUUAAAGGAUGACCACAACGAACCAAGAGACCGAGUGGAGAUUAAAGAGGAAACUCAGGAAGCGGAUGAAGCCCCGCACACAUUAUUAACCCCAGAAACACCCAAACGCACAGAGAAAGCCUCUCUCAUCUGCUCCCACUGCGGAAAGAGCUUCAAACAGAAAGGCCAUUUGGAGGAUCACAUGAACACACACACCGGAGACAAACCGUACGCGUGUGUGCAGUGCGGGAAGAGCUUCACACACAAGGGGAACCUGAAGGACCACACGCGCAUACACUCCGGCGAGCGGCGCUUCGGCUGCCAGCAGUGCGGGAAACGCUUCACACACAAAGCCAACCUGACCGAUCACUCGCGCAUACACACCGGAGAGAAGCCGUUUGCGUGCGCACAGUGUGGGAAGAGCUUCACACACGCCACCAGCCUGAAAACACACCGCCUAUCACACACCGGAGAGCGCGCGUUCAGCUGCGAGCAGUGCGGGCAGAAGUUCCUCUUGUCUGCUCACCUGAAGAGGCACCUGAAGAUCCACAGUGAUGAGCGGCCGUACGUCUGCUCCUUCUGCGGGAAGAGCUUCUUAUGGCUGUGCUACUUUAAAGACCACCAGAAGAAGCACGCGGGGGUGAAGGCGCAUGUGUGUGUGGAUUGCGGCGCUGCGUUCACUAGAGCCAGCGAGCUGAAGAUGCACCAGCGCAUACACACCGGGGAAAAACCAUACAGCUGUUCACACUGCGGGAAGAGCUUCGCUGAGUCUGGAAACCUGAAGAAACACCAGCGCGUUCACACGGGGGAGAAACCCUUCCAGUGUCCCGCGUGCGCAGGCAGAUUCAGCCAGUUCAGUCAUUUACUGAGACAUGUGAAACAGCAGAGCUGCCGCAAGAUCACCGCGCUGACACACUGACACCAAACUGAGCAUCAGUCUGCCAAAUCCAGACCCGUCUGACCUUCUGUCUGCUGAACAUUAUGAAGAUGCCAGCGCUGAGCCACUAACACACACAUUACACAGGAUGAGCUGUCAUGCAAUCACCUCACAGCAAGAAGGUCUCUGGUUUGAGUCUCGGCUGGGUCAGUUGGCGUUUCUGUGUGGAGUUUGCAUGUUCUCCCCGUGUUGGCAUGGGUUUCCUCCGGGUGCUCCGGUUUCCCCCACUGUCCAAACACAUGCGGUACAGGUAUAGUGAAUGGGUGUGUAUGGGUGUUUCCCAGUGAUGGGUUGCAGCUGGAAGGGCAUCCGCUGUGUAAAACAUAUCCUGGAUAAGUUGGCGGUUCAUUCCACUGUGGUGACCCCUGAUUAAUAAAGGGACUAAGCCGAAAAGAGAAAGAAUGAAUGAAUGAAUGAGCUGUGUUCAUUAGGCUGGCGCUGCAUGUUUCUAUGUGGAAAGUGUAAAUAUGCACAAAUCCAGUGUGGAUAUAUAUUUGCCAAUAGCUAAUAUUAAUAAUUCUAAUUUUAUAUAUACAAAAGAAGCAUUUCUGUUAUGUUACAUGCAUGUGUAGGAUUAGCCGAACAUGCACUGUAUUUUCAUUUCUGACUAUAUUGAUUGUAAUAUUCAGUAAGGCUCAUGUUCCAUGCAGACAUUUUGUAAAUGUUUAAUUGUAAGUACAUUAAAGCUUAAUGUUUAAUUAAGU